AUGGACCACGCUGGCGUCCUCGUCCGCAUCGCCCAGUGCUCGGAGUCGACCAAGGACGUUCUUUCGCUGCUCGAAGCGCAGCCACGGGAUGCACUUGACGUGCCGCUGGCUACGCUCCGAACGCGCGUUAGAACGCCUGGCGCCGUGGAGGACAGCCACUGGCUGCAGGUUUGCAUCGAAGCCAUCGAUGGCCGGUACACAUCGACGGUGCUUGCUGCGCUGCCGGUUGUCUUUGGCUCCAUCUCGAUCGACCAUCUUGGCCGGCUCAAUAAUGACGUCCUGCGCACAGGCUAA